AUGCCUACCCCACCAGUACACUUCUUCUCCCAUGGCUCGACCAUGAUGUUGGGUGAGGAGUCUCGUUCGGCCGACUACUGGAAAGCCUGCGGUGAUGAAGCCCUCUCCCACGGCUUCAAAGGUGUCAUUAUGAUGGGCGCCCAUUGGGAUGCACGAGGCGUAAACCGCAUCGACGUCUCCAUGAAGGCCAAACCCACAAAGUCCCCAGUCGCCUAUGUCCACCCCAGCAAAUACGCCAGCUACGAACUGGUACCAGAUCUCGAAAGCGGAAAGAAGUGCAUUGCAGCACUCAGGGAAAAGGGCAUUGACGCACGGCCCAACGAGGAGUUUGACUGGAUCCACGACACAUAUCUCAUCCUCAUCCGAAUGUUUCCGGAAAAAUGCCCCCCCACGACAAUCAUCAGCAUGAACUCGCGGUUCGACCCGCACUUGCAUGCGCGCGUAGGAAACAUACUCGCUCAAUUCCGUGACGAAGGCUACCUCAUCAUCGGUACUGGAGGCGCCGUACACAACCUCUACCGCAAUAACUGGUCACAAAUGCUGAGAUAUUCGGACAACUUCGCCAUGCCCUACCCACCAGAGGCACCCAUGCUUGAGUUCCGUCAAUGCGUUGAGGAUGUCUUUGUCCGCUGCAGCAGAAAGGGUGCGAAGAAGGGUAGCCUGACUCGCGGAAUCACAAGGUUGAUGAAGCACCCCAUGUUUAGGGAUGCGCAUGCGACCGACGAUCACUAUAUGGCGGCUUGUUUCGUCGCUGGUGUCGUUGAUGGAAGUAAGAAGGAGAGUGACGAGUGUGUGCUUGGUGCCGAGGAUUGGGAGCUGGUGAACAUGUGCAAUAGUCAGUUUACGAUUGGCAAGUGGGAAUGA